AUGAGAAUCGAGUUGUGCUUGAUCUCGCUUUUGAGCAUCGUCGAAUUGGCGUUUGGUUGUGCCCGUACACAGCCUCCUUCCACGACGACAACAACAAAAACGCCUACAAAAACAACGACCACAAGAAAAACGACGACUACGACUCCAGCACCAACGGCUUGUUCAAAGUGCACAAAAUCGAUGGUGGCAAUUGAUACGACGUCCACGGAAACUGGUCCUUUUACAUCGGAAGUCCAAGGGAAAGAUGCUAAUGGCUGUGCAACGUUGACGUUCACUUGUACUUCGACGGCUCCUGGUGGUUUCCAAGCUGUCAUUACGUUUAACAAAAUAUCAAGUGUUACUGGAACGCCGACAGCUAGCGCCGAGUUGAUCUGUUCGUCGACGGGUGACGUGUGGACGUUCUCAUCACGGGGAGAAACGGAAGACAUUACAACAAUUUCGACACAAACUACAACAACCACAACUACAACCACAACAACAACGACCACAACAACGACGACUACAGCGCCGACAGCUUGUGGCCAAUGCACUUUGACGAAUCCACCACUCACCAUUGAUACAGCAUCAACAGGGACAACUGCAUUUGCAAGCGAUGUUCUUGGAACAAAUGCGCAAGGUUGUGCGACAAGGACGCUCACUUGUACAUCAACUGCUCCAGGAGGCUUUCAAGCGACGAUUUCGUUUGACAUGGAUACACAUGGGACAGCCAUUGGUACUCCAACCGCCACCGCCACUAUUGUAUGCAAUGCAGCUGGAAAUGGAUGGGAUUUGACUGCAAACGGGGCCACUGUUCAAAUUAUGGCAGUUGGAUGUUUUGGAGUGACUUGUGCGAAUACACCGAGCGCUUGUCCUGGAAAA